AUGAAUAAAUUAUUCGGAGGAGAUAAUACUAAAUAGACAAGAUUUUAAGUUGCUAAGGAAUCAGUAAAAAUGCUUAUUGAGUCAAAGUUACUUUAUGCAACUUCUCAUGAGAUUGGCAUCGUCUUAAUUGGAACUCAGAAAUCAUCAAACUUUCUCAAUGAUCAAUAUGAGGACUAAUACAAGCACGUGACCACUUUUAGAUAAAUAGAUAAGCUGGAUCUUGAAUCCUUCAGACAUUUAGAGAAUAUAACAUGCGAAAAAGCACCAAUCAAGGACAAUGGAGGAGAUCUGUUGGAUGGUUUAAUAGUUGGCAUGGAUAUGAUGGUGAGACAUUGUGGAGAAAAAAAGUACAAAAAGAGAGUUUUCUUAAUAACCGAUGGUGAAAGAGAGACUAAAUACGAUCCUAGAGAGUUAAAGCAAAUAAUUACCACUUUAAAUGAAAGAGAUACAAGACUCAACAUUAUCACUCUUGAUUUUUGCAAUGAAUUAGCUGAAGAUGAUGAAGAUGAUGAUGAAGAAGAAAGCAAAAAGGAUAGUAAGAAAAAGGAAAGUGCUGCUGAUGAGACCGAAUCUCAGAAUAAAAAUAAGGAAUUCCUAAUGGAGUUAACAGACAAAGUAAAGGGCGCAAUUUUCCCAGCUAAAGUAGCAAUGGAAAUUUAUAAGCAGUUCAAGAAACGUGAGGUUAUGGCAAGAGUCAAAUACAGAGGAAAUUUAGACCUAGCAAAGGAUUUAAAACUAAAUGUUUCAAUAUACUCUAGGACCAGGGAAGAAGUCUUUCCUUCACUAAAGAAGCAUUCAACUAUUGCAAAUGAAAGCACUUCAGCAAAGGAAAGUUUAGUCAAACUAGAAAGAUAAUUCGCCGAAGUUGAUGACCCAGAUCAGUAACCAGUCGAUACAGACUAAUAAAUUAAAGCCUAUAACUAUGGAAAAUAGUUAGUCCCAGUUUCAAAAGAAAAUGAGCAUAUCCUAAAAUACAAACCACCUAAGUAAGAUGAUGAGCAUGAUCCAGCUAAUGAUAUGGAUGUUAAAGUUUAAAAUCAAUCAAAAGUACCUCGCCAUCAUUUCAUUGCAGGAGUCGAUGUAAUAUUGCCUGUUAAAGGUUCUAAGAAUGAGAGAGCAUUUGCAGCACUGGUGUUUGCAAUGAUUGAAACUCAUAGAGUGCUGAUUGCGAGAAUAGUGGAAAGAAAAAAUGUAGAUCCUAAACUUGUUGUUCUCUAUCCUCAUAUCAGCAAAAAGAAGCCACUCCUUUACAUGGCUUAAAUUCCGACUAAUGAGGAAAUUAGAGAUUAUCAAUUCCCUUCAUUAAUUCCAGCCACAAAACCUUAGAAGACAGCUGCAAAAUAGUUGAUCAAAGCUUUGGACUUGGUUGAUUAAGAGGCUGAAGAGGAAAAGUUAAAGCCAGAGAUUACUUUCAAUCCUGCCUUACAGUAUUUUUCGCAAGUUGUUGUGCAUAGAAUUACAGAGCCAGCUUAACAAGAAUUACCUUAGUUAAACCAGCAAAUAGCAGAAUAUGUAAAGCCAGAUAAGAAGCUAUUCCAGCAAGCUGAAGAUGAGAUCAGUGCAUUUGAAGAAGCAUUUGAACUUAAAUACAAUAAUGAGGAUGAAAACAAAAAGAAGAAGAGAGUUUAUUGGAGAGACAUUAUAAGAAAGGAGGAGGAAAAAGUUGCUAAUGAAGAGUAGAAGCUAGAGGAAGAAGAACAGAUUGCAAGAUAGAAGAUUGGUGAUAAGGAUAUGGAUGAUAAGGAAGACAAGAUAAAGGAGAUUUCAUCAAUGAAUCCGAUUGAGGACUUUAAGAAUAUGGUAAAUGAUCGUAAAGUUGAUAGAGUCAGUGAUGCUAUUGAUCAAAUGCAAAAACUAAUUAUUAGAUUCGUUACUAACUCACUUGCUGGUGAUUUGUAUUCAAGAGCUUUGGACUGCUUGAUUGCUUUGAGAGAGUCUUGUAUCAACGAAGAUGAGGGGUAGAAAUUUAAUCAGUUCAUGGAAAAAUUAAAACAAUUGUUCUCCAAGGGAACUAACAAAGAAUUCUUCUAAAGUAUAAUUAAACACAAAAUAAGUUUGAUUACCAAGGAUGAGUCAUCAAUAAGUUCAGUUAUCACUGCUGAUGAAGCUAAGAGAUUUUUGGAAAUAGAUAAAGAUGAUAGUGGGUAGAUGGCUUAGCAAAAGAAAAUAAAACAGGAAGAUGAAUUCAUGGAUGAAAUUGAAUGA